AUGUCGACUGUCUACGUGGAUCGUGGGAUGGCCUGGUGUACAGUGGUUGGCGGAUUUGUUGCCAACGUUCUGUUAGGUGGUUUAGGCAAAUCUUAUAGUUUGGUUAUGGAAGCGUUUCAAGAAGUAUUUGAAUGUGGUUCUGCCUACUUGUUUUUAGCUGGUGGUUUAAUCUAUACACUUAUGUAUUGUCUGUCUCUCGUUAACCACUUAAUUUCAAAACGAUAUGGUAGUCGACCUGUUGUGAUGGUUGGUGCUUUUGGCUCUUGUAUAAGUUUAUUAAUUGCAUCAUGUUCACCUAAUCUUGCUCUAUGGGUUGUUGCUGUUGGUUUUGGAAUAGGCGCAUCCUUGUCAUGCAUUUAUUUCACAGUGUUCGCUGUUGUUGGAUGUUGUUUCAAAAAAUAUUUAGGUUUAGCAAAUGGAAUUAGUGUUGCCGGUGUUAGUGUUGGUCAAAUGAUAUUUCCUUCAUUGAUCACUACAUUGAAUACUACUUAUGGUGCUAGAGGUGGAGGAGUAAUUAUGGCUGCAAUUUGUUUACAUUUGUUAAUCACAGCUGCCUUAAUGCCUCGUCAUAUCAUUGAUCCAGAUGCACCUGUUAUACCAGCAGAAAAAGUUGAAACAGGCAAAUCAAAACGAAAAUCUUGCAAGUCACAAUCAAAAUCUAAAGAAGACAGACAAUUAAUAGCUUCAGAAGAUCCAUUAAAUGUUGAUAAACCAUCGACAGCCAUUGAUUCAGACAAAAAGUUACAAAGUCCCGUAGAUGAAUUCUUCUCGAAAUUAGACAAUCAAAGAGAUGUAGUACAUUCAGUGAAUGCUAUUAUUCAUUCUACGUCUACAUUAUCAUUGUCACAUGUAUCUGUUCUAUCAUUAUCAACUCGUCAUGUAAAAUAUCUUACUCGUGGUUUACUUAUUGUUUAUAUAGUUGGUAAAUCAUUUGGUGAUGUUGGUGAUGUUAGUGUAUCUUUUAUUGCACCAGUAUUUGGAACUGAAUUAGCCUUAAGUCCUACCAUAAUCAAUAGAGCUAUAGCUGUUGCUGGUGUCGGUGACUUAGUCACACGUGUGGGAGUUGGUUGGCUUACAGAUAGACCAGGAUGUGUUGGUCGUCGUGGCUUAUUAUUAGCUGUUACAUGGAUUAUAGAAGGUUUAAAUGCUUUUGCAUUUGCUGAACUUAACCGAUUAUAUGGAAAACAUACUAUUAUUACCGAUGAUAAUAGUGAUGUUAUUGACAAUAAUAGUAAAUCAAUACUAAUCGCAUUUUAUUUUAUAUGCUCUGCUAUACAUGGUAUAUGUAGUGGAACUGCUAUGACUCAAAUGGUUGUAGUUUUAUCCGAUUGGGUUGGUUCAUCACAAUUAGCACAAUCUUUAGCAGUAACUAUGGUUAUUUUAGGAUUAGUUAUAUCACCGGGACAAUUUUUAAUGGGUAAGUGUUAUAUUUCUUAUUUUUAA